AUGGCGGAUAACAAAUCUGGUCAGACCGAUGGAAAUAAUGGCCUGUCAAUAAAGGCCUUCACCCAAGAUACUUCUAUGCACGGGUUGAAAUACGUCACCGCAGAGGGAUACAUCAUUCGCAGGUUAUUCUGGGCGAUAGCUGUAGUGGGCAUGGGAGCCACGUUGAUAUACAUGCUCUGCGCUCAGAUGGUUUUAUUCUGGUCUCGCCCUAUCCUAACCAAAUACUCCAUCGGCGAGGCAACCGUCUUGGACUUUCCCGCAGUUACCAUCUGCAACACCAACGGCAUCAACACCAAGUAUUUCUCUCCUGACGAAAAACUGCGCAACUAUCUCUAUGACACGGGACAUCUGGGGAUAAUUUCCCAGCCUAUAAACUGGAGCGACCCGUUCUACAGCACUUGGAAAAUGGACGAGGAUUUCAUGAGGAAUGUUGCCAACAGACUCGAAACUAUGAUAUUCCUUGCUUAUUGGCGAGGGGGAGUGAUCAACGCUAGCGAAUAUUUUACAGAGAGGAUCACACCUAACGGAGUCUGCUACACCUUUAACGACCUGACUCAGGGAAACGGGCGAGAGGUCCUUAAAUCACAGAUCACGGGGAGCUUAGCCGGGCUCGUUGUCGCCCUGAACGUCGAACAGGACAGCUAUUACUACGGCAAAUUCAACAUGGCUGCCGGUGUCAAGGUAGUUCUACAUGAUCCGCACGAAGAGCCCGAUGUAAUGUCUCUUGGCUUCACAAUACCGCCAGGGUAUACCAGUUACAUAUCCAUGCGCCAUCAGACGAACACGUACUUGCCCAAACCCUAUAAGGCUUUCACGGAUGGCUACUGCGUGGAAAGUCAUCUUGCGGAGUUUGAAAACCCGCUGCAGUACUACACGACAUACAGCCAGUUCGCCUGUCUGAUGGAAUGUAAAGCGGAAGUCAUGGUUCAAAAAUGUGGAUGCAGAACUUUCGAUUUGCCAGGAAAUGUAAGCGUGUGCACUCUGAAAGUGGCAAAGGAAUGCGCAAUUCCAGCAAACGAGGCAUUCUUCUUAGAUCCCAAGUACAAACAAAGUUGUAAUUGUCCUAAACCAUGUGUUGUGAAGAGCUACAAAACCCAACUAUCAAUGGCUUAUUUCCCAGCGGAUGGUGUUCAGAACUACUGGAAACUGCACACAGACAUCAGGAAUAACUUUUUAGAACUGAGACUGUUCUACCAGGAAAUGGAGUUUGACCAUACUGAACAGGUGCCGGAGUACACACUGGAAGGAAUUCUGGCCAAUCUGGGUGGACAAAUGGGUUUGUUUCUUGGUGCCAGUGUCCUGACAGCGACGGAACUGGUGGAAUUCUUCCUCCUACAUCUACUGGUCAUCAUUCACAAGUUGAAACGUCCUUUUACUGGUACCCGUGUGGAAACUUUGCGCCCAGAGAAAUAA